CAUCUAAGUAAGAUACUCCGAAACAUGUAUCUGAUUAAACCACUUUUAGCGUCCUUAGCAAUUGCUUUUACAUGCGGAGACCCUCGAAUGAUAACACCUGUCUUCAGGGCGGUUAACUUUGCCAGAGAAAUAAGGGGACGACGUCUUAAUGGAAGUGUUAUUAGAGAAAUAGAAGUGGAUUCAGAGGGUCUAUGUCGACUGCAGUGUGUGGAAGAAAGUUCAUGCGUGUCCUACAACUUUGGAUCCAGAACAAAUAAGAAGUUUAAAUGUCAACUAAGCGACUCUGAUCGCUUCACUAACUUCAAGAAUUUCACCAAAGACAACGAAUUUCUGUACAGAGGAGUGAAGAGCGAUUGUGAGGUCAAUUCUUCCCUUUGUGCAAAAAACGAAAUCUGUGUUCCCAAUUAUAAAGACAACACUACAGAAUGCAAAUGUCGUUAUGCAUCUGGAUAUACUGGAAAACCAUGCGUAUUUUUGGAUACACCGAAUGAGGAUAUCAUUUUUAUCAAGAAAACGAAAGGUAAUGAAUUUUGA